AAUCUGGCCAGCGUCAGUCGGCUGAUUAAACCAACAUUAGUCUCUAGGGACUGAUCGCGACACCAUAGGGCACAGAAAUGGAAGUGGCCAACGCUCGCAGCUACAACCCCAAACGCAAGCGCGGCGACUCUUCUCCGCCGCUCCCUGCGGCCAACGGCAUCCCUUCUAAAGAUAACGAUAGCGACAACUUCGACCUCUCCAUCUUGGAAGCUGUCGAAAAAUCCCAAAAGGAAAGCGCUGUCGAAGUGCUCGACCUUCGUACUCUGAAGAAGCUUGUCCUCUCCUUCGAGCGCCGUUACAAAGAGAACAUCGAGGCCCGCCUCAAGUACCCUGACCAGCCAGAACGCUUCGCCGAUUCCGAGAUCGAGCUCCACCAAGAGCUCCAAAAGCUCAAAAUCCUCGCCGGAGGGCCCGAGCUUUAUCCAGACCUCGUCAAUCUUAACACUAUUCCUUCUAUUAUCGGGCUCCUUUCUCAUGAUAACACUGAUAUAGCUAUUGACGUCGUCCAGUUGCUUCAGGACCUCACCGACGAGGAUGUUCUUGAGGAUAACGAUGAGCCUGCGCGUGUUCUUGUUGAUGCCCUUAUAGAAAACAAUGUCUUGGAGUUGCUGGUUCAGAAUUUGCAGAGAUUGUCGGACACGGACCCUGAUGAGAUGUCUGCUGUGUAUAAUUCGCUUGCGACGAUCGAGAAUCUGAUAGAGGUGAAGCCGGCGGUUGCGGAAUUGGUGUGUGAAAGAACCAAGAUACUCCGGUGGUUGUUAGGGAAGAUAAAGGUGAGGGAGUUCGAUAGCAACAAGCAGUAUGCCUCGGAGAUAUUGGCGAUUUUGUUGCAGAACAGCACUGCGAACCAGAAGAAGUUGGGGCAGAUGAAUGGUGUGGAUGUGGUUUUGCAGGCUGUGGCAAUGUACAAGUCUAAGGACCCCAAGAGCUCCGAUGAGGAGGAAAUGGUAGAGAAUCUCUUCGAUUGUUUGUGUUGUUUGUUGAUGCCAUUGGAAAACAAAGAGAGGUUUGUAAAGGCUGAGGGAGUGGAGUUGAUGAUUAUUAUUAUGAAGCAGAAGAAAUCUGCUUAUGGGUCUGCCAUAAGGGCACUUGAUUUUGCCAUGACCAAGUACCCACCAGCAUGUGAACGGUUUGUGGAUGUUUUGGGCUUGAAGACAGCGUUUGCAGCUUUCAUGGGUAAGAUCCCCACGAGCAAGAAGAACAAGAAAGAACGAUACCAAGAGGAGUUAGAAGAACGCAUUGUAUCCCUAAUUGCUUCAUUAUUUGGUGGAAUAUUGAGAGGUUCUAGAAGGGACAGAUUGCUAAGUAAAUUUGUGGAAAAUGAAUGUGAGAAGAUAGACCGCCUUAUGGAGCUCUAUAUCAGAUAUUCAGAUAGAGUAAAAGUAGAGACUGAACGGAUGGACCAGCUUGAGCUCGAUGAUUUAGAGAUAGAUGAAGAGGAAAGAUACAAUCGAAGACUGGAAUCUGGACUCUACACUCUUCAGUUGAUAGCGGUUAUUCUGGGUCAUCUUUGGUGCUCGGAGCACUCUCGAAUGAGAGCAAGAAUUGAACUAUUAUUGAAGCAGCAUAAACUUACUAGGGAGGAUGUUAAGGAUAUACUUCAGGAAUAUCAUGACAACAUUGGUGAUCUAGAUGGACCUGACGAGAAAGAGCGAGCACAGGCAAGGAUCCAGAAAUUUAUCUCGGCAUUUUAAUCAUUUGAUGCUUUCUUAGAGGCAUAGAUAUUUUAGUAAGGUUUAGUAUUGUAAAAUUGCAACUAUCAUGCUUAUUCAAUUAAGCCUUCGAUGUUGAAGUACUUGUACCAUAAGCAGUUAAUUGGGAAAAGCCUUACUGAAAAGUGAUGAUGUUCAAUAUGUUGGUUUAAAUCA